GCUAUGACUACCACUGUUUACCUUAAAGCAAUACGAAUCAUCACAUCACAACAUAGUCACACCUGGCACCGCGACAUCAACAUCACUUUACGAUUAUUAAGUCGAAUGAUGACAAGUUAUCUCAAAGAUUCUGUGGGUCAAGAAAAAUUACCAUCAUUGUCUAACACGUGGAACGGUCAUGCUGGGGCAACACUUACCCGCAUAUCUGCUGCUCGAUCAACAGAAGACGCUCUGCCUUUUCGGAGUAAUUCCACAAAUGUGUUAUCGAAAAUGGACAGCCAUUCCUUAAGGCCCCCAUCUCCUUCACAAACAAGACGAAGUAUGCUAGAUUUGCAAGAGCAGCUGAAAUCUUUCAAAGAAGAAAUGGCAAAGAAGGACAAUCUCAUUCAACAAUUAACAAGUGUUGAUGAUGCUGCUCAUAUAUCAAAGUCUCCAAGUAAAUAUUUUGACGCUUAUGUUACUAACAGUCUUUCACAGAUUGAGCAACAGAAGCUCGACCGAACACAUUCGGAACUUGCCAACCUCCAAAUCAAAAAUGAGAAAUUGGCAUCUCAGUUACGAGAUUAUGAAAGCCAUGUGGAUGAAAAGGAUAUGAAAAUUAAAGAAUUACAAAACCAACUCGACAUUAGCAAAACUACAGAAAACAACUUAUUGCAAACAAUUCAAACUCUGAAGCAAUCUUUUCAAGAACUGGAGAAUCGCAGCAAUAAGUUUGAGUCUGUUUCAAACAGAGCAGAAAUUGCUAUAGCAACCCUUCAGAAAGAUAACAGAGAACUCCAAGAUAAGAUUCUGAAUCUUGAAGCAAGACUUCGCAAGCAGCUAGAUGAACGUGAACAAGCUGAGUCGCAGAGUCAGAAUUGGCAGAUGAAGUUCAAUGGUCUUGUAACAAAGACCAACAGCAUCCUUGGAAGCCAAGAUGGUUCUCUGAUAUCUUACGAUAAUUUGGAACCAUUCUAUGCCAAGCUUUCAGAUACUUUCCAAGAUAACGCAAUGCUUCGCGGGAAGCUGAUCACAUUGACUGAAUUGUUGAACAACAGUGAGAUGGAAAGCAAAGCAAGCCGGGAGACCAUAAUGAGACUGGUUUCCGAAGUUGGCCGAGAACAAAAGACGUCUUCUCAUAAUUCUUAUGAACUGAAUUGUCUAAAAAUGGAACGCGAUAAUGCCCUUGAAAUGAAAAAGAAUGCAGAGAGAGAGUUGAGCCAUCUGAAGGACCAGAUGCUGAGUUGUCAAAGAGCUCUCGACAGUUGCCAGAAUGAGUUAAAACUUCGAGAGAACCAAAUGUCUUUGAUGAACCAUGACAUGAGACAAUCUGGACAGAGCAUGAAGACCACUGAAUCUCAACUGUUGUUAUUGAGGGAACAGAUAGCUACAAUCCUCACUGACCACUGUAAUGUCGUACAGGCAACUGAUGAGGACAUCAAACAAAGAUGCCAGCAGCUGAUGUUUAAAAACCAAGAGUAUGGCAAUCAAAUCAAUUUCUGUGAGAAAGAAAUAAAGAAACUUGUGGAUCAAUUAGAAAGCCAACAUAACCUACACCAGAUGGCAAUAAAACAGUUAAAACUCACUGAAAUUAAAUGUGCUGAUUUAGAAGAGAACCUGCAUAAAAAUGAGGAAGAACUGGCCACGGGGGACAUCCUUCGUUCAAGUUAUAAAUCAAGCAAAGAAAAGUAUAUGAAAUGUCUUGAAGAACUUUCUGAAAUCAUGAAAAUGGAUACAAUAACUAAAGAUACGGGAUUCGAUUUGACUAUUGAUGCUAUCUUGGCACGAGCCGAACAACUGGUGAAGCUGGAAUCCAGCGCUUUGGCCGAACGAAGUACUCAAGUUUAUGGCCAACAAAAGAAACUGAAAUCUUUGAAGGAACAACUUACAAGUAAAGAUUUACACUUGGAUCUCUUGAGAAAGAAGAUUUCAAACCUUGAAGAGCUUUUACACGGCAGGUCAGAUUUAGAGAAAGAAAGGGAUUCUGAGACCAUGAGAGUACGAAAAUUGGAAAAAGUCAUUGAAAAAUAUAAAGCACAACUAAAGGAAUCCAUGUCAGAAAAAACCGACUUGAAGGCUCGUCUCUUAGAAUCCAGUGACUUGAAGGUUCAUUCCUUGGAGCAGGAGAAAGAUUUGGAAGAACUUGCUAAAGAAGUGGAAGAACUGAAAAAGAUACGAAUUAAACAAGCUCAAAGAAUCUCCAGUCUUGAAAUAAAAUGUAAAUCCCAAGAAGAAGAAAAGAAAGAUAAGAGCACAUCAUCUCAAAACACAAUUCACUCCCUGUCCAGUGAACUUCACACAACUAAGAAUGCAUUAACAGCUAUCACAAACAGAGAGAAACAGUUGUUGGAUUUCCGUAACGUGAUCGGCCGUAUGUUGGGUCUUGACUUGACGACUUUGGCAAUUCCCGACUAUGAAAUUAUUUCCAGACUGGAGAAGUUGAUUCAGUCACACCACAUGAUUGCUGUGCCACACAUGUCUGUUGCUCAACUGGAAGAUGGAUUCAUCAGCGGUUAUGAAGAAGCUGUACAAGACAGGGAAAAGAGAACGCAAACUGCUGGGGCAUAUGCAAGAAGAUGGAUGGACCAAAGACGGCGCCGAGCCAGAGCUCGAUCAGUGUCACCAGUUCAAGUGAAAAGAGAUCCACGUUCUUACUAACACACUUCAGACAUUUUAUCAAGGCAAUCAUUCAUUACACAGUCUAGACGUUUUUUUUUUCUGGUCCAACUUAAUAAUGAUGUCUGUUUUCCUGACUAUUUUUCUCAUCUUGGGUGAGUUACUGGCAGCAUUUUCAUUGUUGUUGCUCUCCAACCAUCACCAAGUGAUAUUAAGAUGAUACUCCUUGGAGUAUCACAUUCAAAUAUCAAAUUAGAAAUUAUAUCAGUCAAACAUUUGAGUCAGUAACAUAUCUAAGUUGAGGAAAAUAGUUAAAAAGAAAGGAAAGAAACAAGUGAAAAAGAAGACACCCUUUAUACAAAUUUUGCAUUCUUAUUACAUGAAUAAUGACUAAUGACUAAUGUGUGGGUAUAUAUAUGUCAUAGAGUGUAUAAUGUGGUAUUUAUGCUUGUCUAUGUUUUUAUGAAUGUUAAAGUCUGAGAGGUUUCACGUCAUUAAAUCAUACACACACAUACGCACGCAUGCAUGCGCACACACACACACACACAUAGACAGAUACAUAUAUACACGAUGAGCGUCUUUUGGUUUCUGUCUACUAAAUUUACUCAAAAAGCUUAGGUUAGCCCAGGGCUGUAGUAAAAGACAUUUGCCUAAAGUCCUAUGAGGUGAGAUUGAAACCUAAACUCAUGGUUGGAAAGCAAACCUCUUAACCACACAGCUACAUAUAUGUAUGUACAUAUGUAUGUAGGUAUGUAUAUAUGUGUGUGUGUGUAGGUAUGUGCGAGUGUGUAUGGG